GUAGAAACACCCUUUGAGUCAGAUGUAUUACGUACGCAUCCCUGUUUAAAUGUAUUUAUUUUUUUUAAGUUAUAAACAAAAAUAAAAUUUGUUUUUAAUAAUUACCUGUUAUUUACAAUGGAUCUGAAUGAAGAAGACUGGACAGUGAAUUGUUCUGACGAUGAAAAAUACGAGGCUGAUUUAAAAAGUGAAUGGAUUCUUAAACCAGAUGACAUUAUGAAUUUAAUAGAAGGAAUGGAAGCAAAUAAUAGAAUUUUGGAAAUUGAAUGGAAAUGUCCGGGUAGACGUGGGCUUUCUCCUGUGCCUAUGAGCAAUCAUCAACAAGAUCCUAAUCUUCAAGAUUAUAAAGCCGAUGUAAAAUCAGAUUUUGAUUUCAUGGAUGAAAUGGCUUCUCCUCGUCUUCCAGUUCGACGAGUGGGAGAAAGCACGCCAAAAGGUAGUGCGAAAAAGAAAACAGCCAGUUUCAAUGGCGUUUUGUCGACAAUGUUACGUCAUCGUCGUUUAGAGCAACAAGAAAUAAAUUCAAGUCCCGCAAAAAGUGAACCAAGUUCGCCUGGAGUAAAACAACAAUUAAACAUGUGAAAUAUUCCUCUUUAACUAUGAAUGGAUUUUUUAUUUUCUCAUUCAUCAAAAAGAACUCGAUGUCCAAAAAAUGGAUAAGCAUAAUCACUUAUAGACAAUUUACCAAGGAUGUUAUCUUUUGCAAAAAAAAUUCCAGGUGAUAUUUUAAUCAAAAACAGAAACUUGUAUAAUAUAUAAAAUGAGUUUUUUCUUCAAUGAAUGAUGAAUAUAUAUAUGAAAAAUUUUUGGAGAAAGAGUGAUCGUGAAUUUUUAAAAGAAAUUAAGAUUCAAUUUUAUUGCUAAUGAAUUAUUUAUAUUAUAAAAUAGUUGUUUAUAUUUAGUUGAGUGUAUAGUUAUAUGUGAAAC